AUGGAUAAAUAUCAAAAAAUUGAAAAGUUAGGAGAAGGAACGUAUGGUAUUGUUUAUAAGGCACAGAAUCGGGAUUCAAAUGAAGUAGUCGCAUUGAAACGGAUAAGGUUAGAUAAUGAAGAAGAAGGGGUACCAUGUACUGCAAUUCGUGAGAUAUCUUUAUUGAAAGAAUUAAAACAUCCGAAUAUAGUGAGACUUUAUGAUGUCUUACAUACGGAAAAGAAGCUAACGUUAGUUUUUGAAUAUUUGGAUUCGGAUUUAAAGAAAUUCUUAGAUACAUACGGAGGUGAUCUGGAUAAAGACACAAUUAAACAAUUAAUGUAUCAACUUCUGAAGGGAUCUGAAGCCACAGAAUUUACUUAUCAACAAGGAGAAUUGAAAUUGGCAGAUUUUGGUCUUGCGCGUGCAUUUGGAAUUCCUGUUAGAAGUUAUUCACAUGAGGUGGUAACGUUAUGGUAUCGUGCACCAGAUGUAUUAAUGGGAUCAAGGCAAUAUUCAACGUCUAUUGAUGUUUGGUCUGCAGGAUGUAUAUUUGCAGAAAUGGCCUCUGGUCGACCUUUGUUUCCAGGAAAUUCAAGCUUAAUAUUUCUUAACCACGUUAUCACAGUUCUAGGAACACCAACAGAGGAAACAUGGCCAAGAGUAUCACAGUUGCCGGAAUAUAAAAACGAUUUUGCUAUUUAUAAUCGAAUUCCAUUAGAAUCAAUUCUUCCGAAACUUGAUCCAUCAGGAAUAGAUUUACUAAGCCAGCAGUUAAUAGAAUACCAACCAGAAAAGCGCAUUAGUGCGGAAGAUGCACUUCAACAUCCGUAUUUUGAGGAAAUUCGUAAAAAGGAACAAUCAUCACAAGGAAAUUCCUUACCAAAGUAA